AUGGCCAAAAUCGCCGCCCUGGCUUUGCUUGCCGGCCUGGGCCUGGCAAACGAGUUGUACACUCCGAAACACGAGGCAGGACGCUGCGCCAUCCGGGACCACUGUGGAAAGAAGAGUUUCUUCGGCAAACAGCUUCCAUGUGUCGACAACGGUCUCGCCGAGGAUCCCGACGAGGACCUGAGGAAGCAGCUGGUAGAUUUGUGUGGCCCCAAAUGGAGUGAUGGCCCAGUCUGCUGCACCACAGAACAGGUUACCUCUCUCAAAGACGAACUUUCCACAGCGAAUACCAUCGUAUCGUCAUGCCCGGCCUGCAAGGACAACUUCUACAACCUCUUCUGUACCUUCACAUGCUCUCCCGACCAGUCGCUCUUCAUAAAUGUCACAGACACCAUGUCCAAAAACGACAAGACCCUCGUCACAGAACUUGACCAGCUCAUAUCCGCCGACUAUGGUACAGGAUUCUACGACAGCUGCAAGGAUGUCAAAUUCGGUCCCAGCAACAGCGAAGCCAUGAAACUUAUUGGUGGUGGUGCGAAGAAUUAUACGCAACUCCUCAAGUACCUGGGCGACGAGAAGCUGGUCGGCUCGCCGUUUCAGAUCAACUUUCCAACAUCGUACAAAGAGCCGAAGAUGGAUCCUCUACCGAUGAUCCCCAAGAAGUGCAACGACCAAGAUCCCAAUUUCCGCUGCGCAUGCGUUGACUGCCCGAAAGUGUGCCCCGAAUUACCCCAGGUCGAAGAGGCCGGCUUUUGCAAGGUUGGCGUGCUGCCAUGUCUCUCAUUCGCCUCCAUAUUUGUCUAUAGCAUCCUAUUAUUGACACUUGUCGUGGCUAUCGUUGGCCAUGUGUGGUACCGUAAGCGGGCUGCGCGUCUUCAGGAGGAGAGAACCCUGCUCCAGGGCGGAAUCGACGCCAGCGAUGACGAAGACGACGAGGGCCGACUUGUGCAGAACGGCGCCAUGCUCGAUCGACCUACUAGGCCUUACCGGCUUAACACUUGGUGCGAUACCGCGUUCUUCAAGCUUGGCCACUGGGCAGCACGUUUCCCAGCUAUUACGAUAUUCAGCUCUCUCAUUGUUAUCAUUGUCCUCAGUGCUGGCUGGGUCCGAUUCGAGAUUGAAAAAGACCCCGCCAGGUUAUGGGUCGCCCCGACAUCUGCUGCCGCUCAGGAGAAGGAAUUCUUUGACUCUCAUUUCGGCCCAUUCUACCGAGCAGAGAAAGUAUUCCUUGUCAACGACACACGCAGCUCGGGACCAGGACCGGUCCUUAGUUAUGAGACUUUGCUCUGGUGGAUCGAGGUCGAGAAGAGCAUCUCGCAGCUUGAGAGUGAGACCUAUAGAAUGAGGCUCAAUGAUGUGUGCUUCAAGCCAACUGGGUCUGCUUGUGUUGUCCAGUCGGUUGCAGCAUAUUUCGACAAUGAGCCGGCCCUCAUAGACGAGGAUGGCUGGAAAGACAAGUUACGUCAAUGUGCCCAAGCACCCGCGGAAUGCCGACCGGCUUACGGUCAGCCUCUCGAACCAAACAUGAUCCUCGGUGGCUACUCCGACACCGACGACGUGGCCGACGCUCCUGCGACGACGGUGACUUGGGUUGUCAACAACUUUGCAGAAGGGACACCCGAGCUUGCUCGAGCUAUGGAUUGGGAGAAGGCUCUGAAGAACCGCCUUCUUGAGGUUCAGAAAGAGGCGGCUGCCAAGGGGCUAAGGCUCUCUUUCUCCACGGAAAUCAGCUUGGAGGAAGAGCUCAACAAAACCACGAACACCGACGCCAAGAUCAUUGUGAUCAGCUACAUUAUCAUGUUCUUGUAUGCAUCCAUCGCCCUUGGCUCCACGACGCUGUCCCUCAGGGAUAUGAUCAGGAACCCGGCCGUCAGCAUCGUCGAGUCCAAGUUCUCUCUCGGUGUGGCUGGUAUUGUUAUCGUCCUCAUGUCGAUCAGUGCAUCUAUCGGUCUUUUCUCUUGGGCGAACCUGAGGGCCACGCUCAUUAUUGUCGAUGUCAUCCCAUUCAUCGUGCUCGCCGUCGGCGUCGACAAUAUUUUCCUCAUUGUCCAUGAGUUCGAACGAGUGAACAUCAGAAACCCCGAUGACGACGUUGAAUUGCGAGUUGCCAAGGCUCUGGGGCGCAUGGGUCCUUCCAUCCUUCUCUCUGCGAUUACCGAGACGGUAUCUUUCGCACUUGGUGCCUUUGUCGGCAUGCCAGCUGUUCGCAACUUCGCCGUCUAUGCAGCAGGUGCUGUGUUUAUAAAUGCCCUUUUGCAAGUCACACUCUUCAUCUCCCUACUCUCGUACAACCAGAAGCGGGUCGAGGAUUCGAGAAUGGACUGCAUCCCCUGCAUCACUAUCAAGGCGGCUAGAGUCCAUCUGAACGGCAGCAACGGCAAUUUCGGCGCACGGUUGUACGAAGCGCCUGAAGAGGGCUUCCUGCAGCGGUUCAUAAUUCGUUACUAUGCGCCCACUUUGUUGGGCAAGAAGGUGAAGGUGGCCGUUGUCGCAAUUUUCCUUGGCUUCUUCGCCGCAGGUGUGGCUCUCAUCCCUGAAGUCAAGCUGGGACUUGAUCAGAGAGUAGCAAUUCCUGAUGAUUCAUAUCUUAUCCCGUAUUUCAACGACCUCUACGAUUAUUUCGACUCUGGUCCCCCGGUCUAUUUCGUGGCCAAGGACGUCGAUGCGACCAAAAGAAAGCAUCAAAGACAGAUCUGCGCCAGGUUCACUACUUGCGACACGUUAUCGCUCACCAACGUCCUGGAGCAAGAGCGCAAGCGCACUGAGGUGUCAUACAUCUCAUCCCCAGCAGCGAGCUGGGUUGAUGACUUCUUCCUCUGGCUCAACCCCCAAUUCGAGGAGUGCUGUGUCGAGAAAGGAUCUGCCUGCUUUGAAAACAGAGAUCCGGCCUGGAACAUUACACUAUCAGGAAUGCCGGAAGGAGAUGAGUUCCUUCACUACCUUCAAAAAUUCCUCUCCUCGCCAACCACUGAGGAUUGUCCGCUUGGUGGCCAAGCAUCCUAUGGAUCAGCCGUUGUCAUCGACGAGGAUAAAGAGACCAUCCCGGCCAGCCACUUCCGAACGAUGCACUCCCCUCUGCGCAGUCAAGAUGACUUCAUCAAUGCCUACACCUCCGCCAGGCGAAUUGCCCGCGACGUUAGCCGUUCGACAGGCGCAGAAGUGUUCCCAUAUAGCGUCUUUUACAUAUUUUUUGACCAGUACGUUACGAUCGUCGGCCUCACGGCGGGUCUCCUCUGUGCUGCAAUCGGUAUCAUCUUCGUCAUCUCCUCCGUCCUCCUGGGCUCAGCGCUCACUGGUGCGGCGGUCGCUAUCUCGGUAGUCAUGACUAUUGUGGACAUAAUUGGCGCGAUGGCUGUGUUUGACGUCAGUCUCAACGCUGUCUCGCUGGUCAACCUGAUCAUCUGUGUUGGUAUUGCGGUUGAGUUCUGCGCCCACAUUGCGAGGGCAUUCAUGUUCCCUUCGCGCACCUUUAUGGAGCGCGCUAAGAAUCGCUUCCGAGGGCGUGAUGCGCGUGCGUGGACUGCGCUCGUCAAUGUCGGUGGCUCCGUAUUCUCCGGCAUCACGGUCACGAAGAUCCUGGGCGUGUCCGUGCUGGCUUUCACGCGUAGCAAGAUCUUCGAGAUCUACUACUUCCGUAUCUGGGUCGCACUUGUAGUCUUCGCAGCUACGCAUGCUCUGAUCUUCCUGCCUGUUGUUCUCAGCUUCAUGGGAGGCGAGGGCUACCUCGACCCCGAGAGCGAAGGCGGGCUCGAGGAAGAUCUGGCCAGCCGACGAUUCCGAGCCCUCGUGGACCAGGACGAUAGCGACUCGGAGGAGGACUAG